AUGAACUAUACUUUGAAAACGGAGCCCUCGCCCCCUGGUAUGGAAUGUUCAGUAAUAACCUCCUACCCAGACGAGAACACCUUCCCCCACUUCACUGUGGAACAGGUUGCGAGUGUGUGUGAGUCUCUGGAGAGUAGUGGAGACAUUGACCGUCUCUACCGCUUCCUCUGGUCUCUGCCUCUGGCGCAGAUUGAAGAGUUCAACAAGAACGAGAGGAUAAUGAGAUCGCGUGCUGUGGUGUGCUUCCAUCGUCAGGAGUACAGGGAGUUGUAUUCUAUCAUUGAGAACUGCCGCUUUUCACGGGACAGUCACGAGAAGCUGCAAUAUCUGUGGAAUGAGGCGCACUAUAACGAGGCGGAGAAGUUGCGCGGGAGAGCGCUCGGUGCUGUAGACAAGUACAGGGUCCGGAAGAAGUUCCCACUCCCACAAACCAUCUGGGAUGGAAAGAUCCAGAAUCAUUGCUUUAAAGAGAAGUCUCGUGCGAUUCUGAAGGAAUGGUACAGCAAGAACCCAUACCCUUCACCGCACACCAAACGUGAACUAGCCAACACGGCGGGUUUAACCGCAACUCAAGUCAGCAACUGGUUUAAGAACAGGCGGCAGCGUGACCGGGCAGCCCUCACUAAGAGCAACAAGACUCUCAUCAUGUCACCUGACCGCUCCACCACCACGUCACCCCCGCCACUCAUGCGAGCUGUGGUGUCCUCACCCGCUAUUUCCAGUCACUACACCUCCUGUCCCACUCACGGCCUCAUAUCACCCACAAUCCUCACUCACACCCCCUACUCGGGCUUCAUUUCUUACAGUGGGAACCCCGAAACUGUUUAA